AUGGCGGCCGCCAGUCUCAAUGUGGAAAAUGUAACAGGACUGUUACAGGACUGUUUAUCAAAACUGGGAUUUGAAGUUUACCCUCUGAAGGUUGGUUGGUAUAACUCGGUGCUGUCUCCUUCACUGCGCCUGCCUUUCCCAGAUGACAGCCUGGCUGUGGUGGUGCUCAGCACCCCUGCCAUGUUUGAACAAGCCUUCCUGCCCUUCAUGGAGCAAAGAGGCUGCCAGGGACUGUCAGACCCCAUAGACCAGUGUGUCAAGCACUGUGCCACCUCUGCUGUCUCACAGUGUUUUCCAGGACAGAAUGUGGAUGUGAGGUAUGACUACGAGCUGCUUCCCAGCAGGAAGCCGAAGUUCUUGGCACAGACUGCUGCUCACGUGUCCGGAGCAGCUUUCUACUACCAACAGUCUGAUGUCACAGACCAACCCUGGGCUGAAAAGAAAAUGUUUGGAGUGUGUGUGCAUCCCAGGUUCGGGGGCUGGUUUGCCAUCAGAGCUCUGUUAGUGUUUGAAGAUGUGGUGGUGGGCUCUGAGGUGGUGCAGCCUGUUCCUCCUGACUGUGUGCCCACCAGAGAGGGCAGGAUACAGCUGCUGGAGUCUUUCAACUUUCAUUGGCAGGAUUGGAGCUACAGAAACAUAAUCUGUCCAGUCCAGACUUACUCUCAGAAACAGAGGGACUACUUUUCCGCUCGUCCAGCUGAGCGGUUUGCUCUACUCAGGACUUGGGGCUUCCUGCCUAAGGAAGACCAUCAACCCGACAUCAGCUCAGACGCACAGAGCGAAAUGAUCACACAUGGCUGAAAGGGAAGAACAGCAGCAGUAUGGAUGUAUCCACUCUGACCACAAACCUCCAUUGCUUGUCAAGACUUUUAAUUAAGUUGAACGCUCAUCAACCAGCUGCAUAUUUACACCUAAGCUAAGAUGCAGAUAUAAACUUGAAGCACUUUGUUGAAAGCUAUUUCAUGGUAUGUGGGAUUUUCCAGGACUUGCACAUGAAUGUUCACUGCUGUGUGGCUGCUAUAUGUGUUUCAUCACAUAUUCACACUACGUUACUGUGAGUUACGUUUCGCAGCUCCUUUUAUUGUGUCAUUUUAUGAAAUACUGACAAUAUUCAUUCAUACAUACUGAAUGAAAUCAAAGGUAAGGACUGUUACAGUCCUUGUAGCUGUCCUCUGUAAAAACAGCUACAGCUGAAUACAAUUUCUGUUUAACUAAAAUGUUUUUUUUUUUUUUAAAUAGUGUCUUUUGAAGUUUAUUUUUCCAUACCUUAAAAACCAAAUAAGAUGUAAUUAAGCUUUAUGGAAGUUUUGAUAUGAUUGGUCUAAUCAUGAAGGCGGAGUUCAAAAAUGGGUUGUGUUCCGACCAUGAGUACUGAGUACUCGUGGUUUGGAUUGUCAACAUGUUGACAGGUGUCACAGCUGAUGUGACCCCAUCACAAGAUGGUCUCUAGUCCCUUUUAUUUCUAGGUAACUUUUUUUUUUUUAAUUCAAGUGUAAUUUUAGGGAACAUUUUUUCUCCAAGUGAAAUAAAUGAUCAAAGGCUUA